AUGAGGCAAGAAGGCGAACCUUUACCUUGUCCCGUGGACAGGCAGACCUUGAACCGUGAGGAUAUCUUUCCAGACAAAGCAACGGAGCGGAAGAUUCUAUCGUUGAUCAUAAAAUGUCCAAGUGAUGGUUGCGGGUGGACUGGUGAAUUAAGAUAUAAAGAGACUCACUUGGCAUCCUGCCCUUUUAGAGAUGUUCCCUGCACCAACGAAAACUGUCAAGUUACAUUGAAACGGAAAGAACUCGGUGAACACGUAAGUUUCACGUGCCAGUGGAGGAUUGUACCGUGUGAACUAUGCAGUGAGCCACACCCAAUGUGUCAAAUGGAGGUAACAGUAAACCGAUGAAAGCUUUGCUUAAAUAGAUUGUAAAACGUUAACUAAAUACAGUUUGAGCCGAGUGACCUUGAAACCAGUCAG